AUGAAGGGCGCCAGAAAGGCAGAGAAUGUGCUAGCAAGAAGACGCAAGCCGGAAGUGUCUCUCGGUGGGGCGUUGGGCAUUGGAAUGCGAUACUCUGCACUCUACACAAAGCAGAGACGGAGGGCGGACGGCAGACGAGGGCAGAGGCUGAGGGCAAAGACGGGAAGACGCAGAAAGAAGCACAAAGUGCUCAAAGAGCAAAAGACUCACUUGGUGAUAGUUGCGACGCCAAAGUGUCGAAGAGCUCGAGGACGAUGUGCAAAGGUCGCAGAGGGCGGAGAGGAGGACGACAAAAGAAGCACGGAGAGAAAAGGAGGCCUGGUCGAGGAGGAAAAGGGAACACGACGGGCUGGUUUUGCUGGAGUAUUCGUUUUUCUUCUUUGGUUUUCUGUUUUCGGUCCUGUCUGA